CAGAGCGUGUGGGCACCGCGCAGGGUGCUGCCAGCCGCAGUCUCGCUCUGCGCGUUUAUCUCAGCCUCACAGCCUCGCUCUGGUCUCCCUGCCACCUGCCGUGUCUGGCGUACCAGGUGGGCAGCCAUGUCCUGACUCUGUACGUUGCUCUGUUCGGAUGCCAUCUGGACCACAGUUAACAUGAGUUAACGUGAGUCAGCUUUGAUGACCACAGGCCUGGCAGUUAUGAUUCAGGAAGAAGAGACAUAAAUGCAGUGGAAAGAAAAUCCUUUCUUGAUUUGCUGUUUUAUCCCAGAUGAACAUGGGAAAAACUACUUAGGAUCCAGGUAUAGGCUGGUUGAGCGAGGGGAGAGGCAGAGUGUUCCUGGCAAGGCUGACGCCUACAGAGCAAACCUUGCCUUGUGAUGCACGUGGCCAGGACACCCUCUUGUGUACUCACAGAGAACAGUGAGAGUGUUGGCCAUCACCGCUACUGCUGCCCAGGCUCUGUGGCCCAUGCUGUGUAAGCACCUGCUCAUCCCAUGCUGGCAACGCACACCCAUGCAGGUGUUUGAGUGGCUGAGUGCAGGGGCUCUGCAAACAGACUGCAUGGGUUGGAACCCUGCCUGGGUGGUCAGGAGCUGUGUGCUGUGGGAUGAGUGGGCUGCCCUCUGUGCUUUUGCCCCCACUCAGAGUUGUUUGUGAACAAUGAAGGAGGACUCCAGUGUGGAGGAUUCCGGUAGCCAGCAUGUGGCCAGAAUCUGUUGUCUUUUAGCAUUGUUUUGUUGUAUGCGCUUCCCAAAUGAGGAAACCAGGGCUUCAGGUCACCAGGCACCUUCAUUAAGGUAUUUUGGAAGUGAGCAAAAAUCCCAACCAAGUCGUGUCCUCCACUUUCUUCUAGGUGCCACCCACAGAAGCCCCAGGUCAGGGCCAUGGAGCUUCCCUCCCCUCUGGUCCUCAUAGUGGCCAGCUUGUGCCUUUUCUUCCUUUGGGUCCCGAGUGGAUGCUUUCUAAGAGUUACCUUCCCUGACGUGCACCUCAUCUGAAACAGGUGCAUAACAGAGUUACAGAAUCUCCGCUCCUCCGUCGCCGUGCUCAUGACACCUGCAGGGAGUUCUUUGUGUGCCUGCCUGCCUACUCCCUGCCUGGUAUUCUGAUGAAUGCUGUCUCCCCAGAGGUGGUCCUGCUCUCAUGGUGGAGUAAUAGUGAGUAUCCAUGCUUGGCACGAGGAAGUGCUCAGUAAGUGCUUGGUAAGUGGAAAGAUCUGUAGGUGCUUGGGGCCUCAGUAGGUGCUUUGUGAGUAGGUUCUUGCUUAGGGAGGAUUCUGGGCAGGGCAUGGGAAGUGCUCAAACCUCUCCUCCACUGGCGGUGAUUAUGAAUCAGGCACAGCAGUGCAUCAUGGUCUCCGCCCACUCCUCCUUUGGCUUAUCUUUCCCAAGUGCUGCUUGGAGUGUGUAACCCCUGCAAGAUGAUGUCAAGUGACACAUCUGAUCCAAGUCUGGUAGGACCCAGGAGUGAGCAGGAUUUGGGAGAAUCCUGUAAGGAUCGAGUCAGAGGAAAACACGGGGAGGAGAAUCGGAAGUCUUGUGGAGAGGGUGGGUGUUUCAUAUGCAGAGAGAAGGAUCAAUACAUUAUGUGUAGGAAAUCUAGCUUGUUUUGCCAAGGCAUCUGGAACUUUGGGGCUCUUUUUGCUGUGUCUUUAGGUUUCUGGGAGUCGAGGCAACAUCAUCGCUGACAUUCACUGCCUUGCGAAGCCUCCUUCCAAAGCACGGUGAGGUGCAGCACACUCAGCUGUGCAGUCUGAUCUCACUCCUCAUCUAAAAUCGCCUCCACCACUCCUGGCCUGGCCACGGCAUAGAGUGGCCGGCAUGCUCUGGGGUCUUGGCAGUCUCACAGUCCCAGCAAACACCAGGCAGCUACAACCAUGACUUUCCGUGACAUGAUAAAUGCAUUCCACAGGAACAAACACCCCAGUUCCUGUGUUGGCUGUGUAAACCGGGUACCAUGAUCUGUCCCCCUCAGUUGUCACUUGAAAAUGACUGAAUACAGGAAAAAACAUGCAAAAAACAUUUCCUUAUAUCCAGACCUCUGGCUUUAUUUAAAUCUCCAUAACAAUCAGAAAGGUUGAAUAAGAUGUAGGGUGUUCACAAAGCCUUAAGGUACAUUUUAUUUUCCUACUCUCAUCAGAAUCAGCUCAGGUAAUUAAAACCCUGGAUGGGGAACAGGAACAAGACAGCCAGCGUCAGCUUUGUCCUCUUGGGGCUCUUCUCCAACUCCGGGCACCCCGAGUUUCUCAUCUCCAUCGUUCUUCUGACUUAUGUUGCUGCUGUUUCUGGAAAUGCCACCCUGAUCACCCUCAUCCUGCUGGACCCCCAGCUCCACACCCCCAUGUAUGUCCUGCUCAGCCAGCUGUCACUCAUGGACUUGACUUUGACUUUAUCCACCGUCACCAAGAUGGCUGCUGACUUCUUCUCCGGGACGCGACAAAUCUCAAAGGUCGGCUGUGGGACCCAGAUGUUCUUCUACUUGACCUUAGGAGCAGCAGAGAGUGUCCUCCUGACCCUCAUGGCCUAUGACCGCUACGUGGCCAUCUGUAACCCACUGAGAUAUUGCACGCUCAUGAGUCCCAGGGUCUGCCUGCUCAUGGUCGCCAUGACCUGGGUGGGGAGUUCUCUUGCUUCCUUAUCCCAUACCAUCUAUGUAAUGCACUUCCCCACGUGCGGCUCGAGGGAGAUUCAGCACUUCUUCUGUGAAGUGAUGGCCUUCCUGAAGCUCUGCUGUGAGGACACCUCCGUUUAUGAGAAAGUGGUGCUCAUCACAGGCACAGUAUUGCUCCUGAUCCCUUUCAGCCUCAUCCUGGCUUCCUACGCCCUCAUCUUCCUCACUGUCUUCCACAUGAACUCCCCUAAAGGGAGGAACAAAGCCCUGGCCACCUGCUCCUCCCACCUCACUGUAGUGAGUCUCUACUUUGGUCCAGCCAUGGUCAUCUACAUGACACCGAGUUCUACUCUUUCCCCAGAGCUGGACAGACAUCUCUUUGUACUUGAUACCGUAAUCACGCCCCUGUUGAACCCUCUGAUCUACAGUCUCCGCAACAAGGAAGUAGUGAGGGCUCUGAAGAAGGCCCUGGGGAGACAGCUCGUUUCAAAAUAGCCUGGGAACACUUGGCAAACACACGUGUCCCUAGACCAAAAGGCAAAUACUGCGUGGGCGUACACUUAGCAUCAGGUGUGUUUGUUUCCCUGAGUGUGAUAACAGUUGGGAACCUAUGACCUUAGAGACCCUGCUGAGAUGGCAGGAAGGUGACAUGGUCAGUUUUGAAACUAAUAGUGGCUGCACCACACCUGGGUCUCUGCACUGUAUGUUUCUAUAGUGUGUGGAACUGAUGUUAUGUGAUAUAGUUCAGGAUGUGCUAUACUGUCUCAUAGUUCAUAUUAAAUGAUGUGAUGUUAUUUGGUUGUGGGGUUUUGGGGAGGUCCUGGCAUAUAUACAGGCACAAGAUGGGUCUUCAAAAUUUCAUGAACAAUGUGUAUCCCCCCAAAAUAUUAUGCUUUAAUUUCAAAAAAAAAUUUUUCACCAAAAAGCUUGUCUUACUCCUACUUUCCAUGAGCUUUAUGGAGCAUGUGUAUGUGAGUGUGUGUCUGUGUGUACAUGGCGUCCAGGAGCUGUUAUUUCACCUCAUGGAUCAGCACAUACAUUUCCUGACACUCCUGCUGUCAUGCUCUGUCUCGUGAAGAGUAACAUCGGAGAAGGCCAGGCCUGGUCUCUGUGCGUUUGCUGCUCUUUCCCAGGAUCUAGAGCAAUGCCUGCAUUGUAUCUGGGAGGCCGAGGACAUCGGCUACUAACUGCGCUAAGUGCCCACUUCCUUCUUGGUUCUAGUACUGCCUGGUCUAAUACUGCCUUUGGUCUGGUUGUAGCCCUAGAGGUCGUCUCCUAAAUAUGAGUGCUUGGGGUCCAGUAGCUUUGCUGUCCCCCCAGGAGGCAGUGUUAGUCCUUGGCCAGGCACACAGCAGCAGCAUGGCAAACAGUGUUAGCUGUGUGCCACGUGCAGGCAGCACCGUGAGGCAGGUCUUGUGCUGGACUCUUGUUACGCUGUUUGCAUUUUAAAUGUCAGAACAGCUUCAGUAUUCAUAGAAAGAACUCACUUUUCACAUUUUAACAGUGUAGUUACCCAAAGGAAAGGGUUGAGGUUCUGAGCAAGUUUAUAGCUGUUUACUUGUUUUGCCAUGAAAGCAAAUAGCAAAUGUGAGGUGUGAGAAAGACAGUGUGGGUGGCUUAGAAAAAUUCCAGUGAGCCCGUUGGAGCCUCGUCUCAGCUGUGUGUAAUUAAAAGGAAUGUUGUAGGCUCACAUCUGGCAAAUGGGGAAGAUCUGGGUAGUGUUUUGUUUGAGAGUUUCUCAUUUAAGAAGGUUGGGCGAGCAAUUCAACAAGUUGCUGCGUAACUCACCUAAAACGCAGUCCAGCUGCUUUCUGGGGGCACGUUGAGAGUUAAUUUUGAGGGAAAUCACCCCUCAAUCCAGACUCAAAGAGGAGCUACGGACCCAGUUUUGCCUCUUGAUCUUUUAACUGCACAUAAUUAUUGUGCGUGUUGAGGGAGAAAAUGUGGUAUUUCAAAGCCUGUGUUCCUUGUGUGUUAUCAGAUCAGGGUACGGGGCGUAUCCAUCACCGCAGACAUUCUCGAUUCUGUGUGCUGGGAACUUUGCAAUCCUUUCUACUCCCUGCACUGAUGACCAUGCCCCCUCCACACCCCUCCUGUGUCUCAAGGCUUCUUCCUCUUGAUGUGUUCAGGCGCUUCCUGGUGUCUGAUGUCCUGAAGCCUGUUGGCGUGGACACACACACACACACACACACACACACGAGGGCACAUCUGGAUGCUGUUGCCUAUCUUGCUGAGAAGCAGAAGUGUGGGUUUGCUGUUCUGGUUGUUUGAACAUGGCAAACCAGGCUGAUUGUGGAACAGCUGGCUCGGCCAGCCCUGACUGGAGAUGAGGUCAGUCAGGAGUGUCUCAGGCAUGGGCAGGAAGCUCUGCUUUGCUGUCAGUGUGAGGAAAAUCCUGAAAUACAGAGAUGCCCGUUUUGAGCCACACAGAGUUCAUGCCGUUCAGUGGAAACAACUUGAACAGGAAGUGUGGUAGAAGUGACAGCCCAAGGAUAUGUUUGAAGUGUGAGUGAAAUGUGUUUUAUGGGACAAAGACAUAAGCCUCAGCCACUAUAGCUCAUUGCCCAAGAGAUGAAGUAGGGUUCUAUCCCUUGUCCCCUGCAUCUCAGUUUGGUUUCACAUGCCCCUCGUUCUUCCCAGGUGUGGGAAUUCACCUCUGCCUGCUGCCCCACACCCCCACUCCUAGCCCACAUAAGAUACAAAAAAGCCCCUGGGGUCUGGGCCUUCUGCCACGGGUUCAGUCUGUGUACACCCACCUCUGCGGAUUUGUUUUCUUUGAGUAAAUGUGGUCUGGCCAUAAGU